AUGGAGGAGGUAACUAGAUAUUUGGAGUUAGCCGAAAAAGAAGCGGCACUGACAACAAAAACAAAAUGGGAAGUCAAAGAAGGUAUAAAGGACUUAAGUAGGAGCUUUUAGGGACCUCCUUAAAGUGGACAAGUUAAUCGGUAUGGCGCAGUCUCUUGACGUUGUCGAAUAAAAGCUGCGAAUGGUCCAGCAGCAAUAGCAUGUACAGUAUACAAAAAAUAUAGAGUGACACCAAUAGUAGCUGGAAAAUUUGGAGGCAAUGGAAGCAAUGAAGUAGCAUGAAACAUGAAGAGCAUCAAUACCAGAUUCAGGAAAUACUGGCGGUGCAACAAAAUCAGCUUACUCUGCUCAAGCAAUCACGUUUCCUACAGCAGAGAAGUCAAGUAGAAACCGGGUAGGUAGAUCAAGCGAAGAUAAGAAGAACGAUAAACAAAUACAAGAAGCGUAUACAUUCGGUAGCGUUGUCGGAACCAAGGAUACUAAGUUAACCUUAGAGUGGCAGGUGGUAAAAAGGCGCGAACCAAAUGGGGCAGUGACAAUAAAGGCCAAAGUUAUGGCGAAGAGAGAAAGAAAACGGCCGACAGAAAUUAUAGUGAAGGUGGGCAACAGCUCAUACUCUGAUGACCUGCGCAAGGUAAAAACAAAAUCAGAAGUGAAAUCAGGAGAAGUGAAUAUCCAGAACAUAAGGAAAACCCAAACAGAAGAUCUGCUAAUUGAAGUUUAACGUGAGUCACAGGACUCAAAAUAUUUACUAGAUACGAUAUCCAAAGCUAUUGAGGAUCUAGAAGCAGUAAAAGUUUUGGAACAGAUGGAAAAGAUCGUCGUUCUCGACAUAGACGAGCAGGAAGAAGAAUACGAAAUCGUGGAAACACUGGACACCUCUUAUGGUUUCUCGGUAAAUAAAGUCACGGUCAAAAGGUUGCUGUUGGUUUCCAAGGGACAAACAAUUGGAAUUUUAAAGGUAUCCUAA